AGGGAAGAUAUAUACAAUGCACGGCAUUGCUUCUCUGUCCUCUUGCAUUUUCUUGAAAAAAAAAAAAUACUACUAUUUUUUUCUCUGGAAAUUUCUAUCAAGCAGAUAGUUGAAAUGGAUUCAAUGAGAGGACAAGGAGGUAUUCAGAUGCUAUUGAGUGCAGAGCAGGAGGCUCAACAAAUUGUCACUGCUGCUAAAAAUCUGAAAACGACGAGAUUGAGGCAAGCUAAGGAAGAAGCUGAGAUGGAAGUGGCAAACUACCGUUCCCAUUUGGAAGCCGAGUACCAAAAAAGUAUUUCUGAGUCAAGUGGAAGCUCGGACUCAACAGUGAAAAGGCUAGACAAAGAAACUGAAGAGAAGAUUCAAAGCCUGAAGGGAACAGCGUCAAAAGUAUCUCCAGAGAUUGUCAAAAUGCUCAUCAAGCAUAUUACAACUGUGAGAACAUGAUGCGUGAAGGGUAUUCACGAAUUACAGAGGUAGAGACAUCAGAGCAAUAAAAACUUGAGACUAAUAUGUCAAUUAACGACUUUCUUGAAGUUGGAGGAUUGCAAGCUGCUGAACAAAUCAUUUUUUGAUUCAUCUAUAGAUUAUCGGUUUUUCUUUUCUGUCAUUUUCAUUUCUGGUACAACAGCAGAUCUCCAAGUAAUAAAUUUAAGCAAUGGAAUCA